GACUUGGAAGUUUGCAACGCGAGGAGGGCGAACUCCAUUGUAAAUUGUGAUGCUUUGCACAGUUUGCAUAUAAGAAAAGGCCAGGUAGACCCUCGAAAACCCCGCCGUUACGAAAAUUAAGUGUGAACUCAAGGGACAAAGCAGGAAGUGCACGUACUGUAGUGAAAGAUGGGCGAGGCAUCUCUGGGUGCCAAGGCGCCCGACCUGGUCUCCGACAGCACUGCAUCCAGCUCCAGAGGACCUCCUCCUGCAGAAGUCGUUUGGCCACCUCAUGCUUACGCCGAUGUUGGCAUGGCCGUUGACUAUGCAAAUGGAGUUCCUGUGUCCCUACACCAACCACAACAUCAUUAUGAGCGGCAGGAAUUUGUAGCCACUGACAGGGAGUCGGCACUGGUUGUAUACCAUGAAGAGCCUUACAGUCAGCAGCAGCCUUCAAGUGGCAUGGAAACUUUCAUACAGGUUCCAUUUGGAGGUCUGCACCGGCUUGCAGUGGCAACGUUCAGAGAGUCGCCCAUUCCUGUGUCAGACUCACAGCAACAGGCUCAGCACUACGAACAAGAGAUUGAGCAGAGGGCAGCAGACGAAAUGGUGGCAAUGUCUCAAGUCUUGGACCUGCACCGAUCAGUGGCUCCAAGCACAUCUCGUGACACGGUGGUGGACAUCCCUGCAUCGCUGCAUUCGCACCAUGCCCACCACCUAGCGCGGCCUUCAUCGUCUUCCUCUUCUCCGCCUCCGCCCCAGAGUCCCGCCCUGCUAGUACUGCCAGGCUCAUCUGAAGAGUCUGUGGGAGCCCUAAGGCUGGAAUCUCAGCUGACAGUUGGCCCCGAGAGUGCAGCCACCUUAGGCCUGCCCAUGCUGUUGGACAAGGCCAGCCUUGCAUUGUGCUCAAGCAGUGCUUCUUCCUCUGCACUUUCUUCCCUUGGGCCUUCGACUUCGUCAGGCAGUCGAGGUGCCAUAGGUCUGGCUACCCACCUCUCGCAGCGGUACCUCCUUGAGCAGGCGCAGUACCUGGUGGCCGACUUGGCGUCCAAGGAGCUUCUUCCAUCGAUCCUUCAAAGCCCUUGUUCCUCCGGGUCCUCCACAUCGACGGCAGUACCCUCCGCUGGUUCUUCUGCAUCUUCGUCAUCAGUUCACGGUCUCAACUUCUCACUGGCUGCUGCGAAGGCCCUUUUGGCCACCCAGCAGCAACCACAGCAACAUAAGUUUGGUGCUGGAAGCAGCGCGCUGCAGCAUGCCGGUCCCUCUUCAGUUGCAAGCGGUUCAGUGGCUGCCAUGGAUGCGAGUCCCGAGCACUUGGAGGCUGAGCCCUUGGACACCGGGGAUGAGGAAGGGGUGCUCGAUUCAUCCUCUUCCACUGGGCCUGGCACAUUGCUUGAGGUGCAUCAGGCUGGGGCGGUGCCACUCUACGGGAACGUCUUUGUCACGGAGAGGGGGGAGGUGGCUCUUGUCAGCAGCACGGGGCAGGACUCGGAGAGCCUGCUGGAGGUCAGUGGACUGGCCCGAAUCUGUGAUGUUCAGCAGUACCAUGCAGCUAACCAAGUGUGCCACCAGAAUGCAAUUCAGAACUAUGUGUCAUCUAGUGCUGACCUUGUGGCCACUUCCAAUGGGGUGGAGCCUGGAAUUCAUUCCACUGUAGACUCCACUGACAGCUCAGAGCAUGUCAUCACUUCGGAAGCCUAUGUGGACACAUCAAGUCAACACCAUCAUCAUCAUCAUCAUUUACAAGAUGACAGUCAUGGUGCAGACUACGGGCAGCAGCUUGACCUUAGUUCAACGGUCGAAGCCUCUACAAGCUCAAGGGGUGUCCAGCACUCGGUGCUACGGAUGCAGGGAAUUCUUGGUCGAAGACUUCCCGACCUCGCGGGCUCACCGUCUACAUCACGCAACAUGGCCAGAACAGAAGUGUGCAGUGCUGGCGUCACCCAGGAGGAGCUGGAAGAACUGCAAAAUGCAUCGACUGUGAGCGGUGGCCUGCACCCAGACUCAACUAACAGCCCCGUUGUGGAGAUGGCACCAUCUCCGGUUAAUGCAGGGGCCCUGGACAGCCCGGGUCCCUCGCACUCGCCUGGUCCUUCGGCAGGAUCUGUGAACAGCAGAGCUGAUGCAGACAGGGACUGCACAUCUCGAUAUUGGUGCGAUGACUGCAACCAGUUUUACGAACAUGAGUGCCCACGCCACAAGGUGCAGCUAAUUGUGGACAAGCCUGUUUUGACAAGGGCAUGGGCAAGUCUCCCAGCCAGCUACCUCUACGUGCACAAAGUGGCCGAGGACUCCGAUGGAGAACCAAUUUAUGGAGUUUUUGCCAAGAAAAACAUUCCCAAAAGGACACAGUUUGGACCAAUGGAAGGUAUCCUGCAAAGGAGAACAGACAGACCUCAGCAAUUCCCACUUUUUAUUAGAGAAGAUGAGAAUGGUUCCGUGUUCUGCCUGGACACAUCAGACGAGACACAGAGCAACUGGAUGCGCUUUGUGCGUCCAGCACAGACUCCUCUUGAGCAGAACAUAAUAGUCAUUCAGCAGGGCACAAGCCUAUACUUCAAUACAACGCGGGCCUUAUCAUCACGCACAGAGUUGCGCGUGUGGUAUUCGACUGCUUACGCACAACGCUGGGGUCUGCCCCUGCUUCAUCAUCAGCAGCAGCAGCAGCAGCAGCAGCAGCAGCAAGAGCCACUACAGCUGGAGCACCGUAGCCAUCAGUCUCAUUGUAGCAAGCAAGAGGCGACAGGGCAUGAGCAGCGGCAGCAGCAGCAGCAACAACAACAACAACAACAACAACAACAACAACAACAGGUGGAUCAGCUUCAGCAACAACAGCUUCACCAGCCGAUCCAGCAACAACUGCAGCAACAUCAGCAGCUGUACCAGGAAGUGCACUUGCAGCAUCCACAGCAGCAACAUUCUCAGCCACAACAACAACACCCUCAGCCACUACAGCAGCACCCUCAGCCAUUGCAGCAACACCCUCAGCCACUGCAGCAACACCCUCAGCCGCUGCAGCAACACCAGCAGCAACUCCAGCAGCAGCAACUCCAGCAGCAGCAUUCGCAACAAGAGUCCGCCAGGAUCGUUGGUGCCAAGCACGAGCUUUGCAAGCAGUGGGCGUGCUUCGAGUGCAGUAGUGCAUUCGGCUCAUCGGAGCAGCUGCAGCUGCAUCUGAACCAGCACGAAAAGGUCCCUGGCACCAAUGGAGACGAUGCUUCAGCCACUGCACCUGCACAGCCGCAGCCAUUGCCUGCAUCUUCGACGCUGGCAGACCCUGUCAACGUGGAUGCUGAUUCAUUAGCAUUUAGGGCACGAGGACGGCCUCCUAAGAAGCAGCAUGCUGCAAGAGCACCACUAGAAGAAAUGCACAAUUUAGGCAACGAAAGUGUUCCUACUGAUCAGAGCUGUGGAACUACAAACACCACAAAUUCUGUGGAGGAGAUCGCCAAGCCUACAUCGGGAGACGAAAACCAGUGCAAUGUGUGCCACAAGGUCUUCCAGAGGAAAUAUGGCCUCAAGCGUCACCUCAUGAUGCACUCUUCAGAGAAGAAGUACAAGUGCUCAUUGUGCGACCUUCGUUUCUCUCAUCCCUACAACAGAAAAAGGCACGUGAUUCGACACCAACAGAAGGAUGAGCGUGUCAAGCGGCGGCAGCAGCAUCAGCAGGUGCAGCAGGCUCAGCAGCAGCAGCAACCCCUGGGGUCCCUGCUUAGUGAGGGCAUUCGCAAGUCAGCCCGACGCAGCGCAUCCCAAGCGGAAACCUUCUCGUGGGGCUGUCCACACUGCCGUUAUGUAUUUCCCAGCUCUGACCUGUUAAACCUGCAUUUGCCUCUGCACGCUGUCGUGACACCGACAGAACCAACGCCUGAAUCUCAGCUCGAACAGUGCCCAGAGUGUGGUUCAGAGUUUUCAACGCAAGCAGAGCUGAUGAAACACGUUGGAGUGCACGGCAAACGAGGGCCCCCAAAACGUGACAAACAGCCAUCAGAGGCAGCAUCCGCUGGUGAAGCAGAAAAUGAGACGGCCUCCGCGGGGGCUCCUGUGCCACAGCGAGUCCAUAAGUGCAGCCUCUGCUACAAGGGCUUUGCGACGGAAGACCGCCUGUCCAAGCAUUACCAGGUACAUGGAAACGAUGAGACAAAGCCACUGAAGUGUGACACGUGCGACAAGCGCUUCCUGAACACCUCGGCUCUGACUGAACACCUCAAAACACACAAAAAGGAGCGAUACUUUGAGUGCCCAAUCUGCAAAGAGAAGUUCCAUGUUGUGGCUGCCCUGAAAGAACACGUCAACGUUCAUCGUGAGGAUGGCAUGUACACUUGUCCAACUUGUGGAAAAAAAUUUGCCGAGUACAACCAAGUGCGCAAACACAUUCGGGCUUUCCACACGAACCAGCGCUUCAUGUGCCAGCAGUGUCCCAAGGUGUUUUGCCGGCAGGACAAGCUGAAACUGCACAUGCUCUGCCACUCGGAGCACCGCGAAUUCCUCUGCGCACUUUGUGGUCGGCAGUUUAAGCGCAAGGACAAGCUCAAGGAACACACGCGCCGCUUGCACGCGCCAGACCGCGAGUCCCGUGAGCAGGCACGUGCCAAGGCUGUGCGCCCGCUUUCGUCGAAGCGGUUUGUGCCCAAGGUUCCACCGACGGACUACCAGAGGUUCAUCUACAAGUGCCACACGUGUAUGCUGGGCUUCAAGCGUCGUGGCAUGCUGGUGAACCACAUGGCUAAGCGGCAUCCCAACGUUCAGCUGGAGCUGGUGCCAGAGCUGAACCUCCCCAUUCUUCGGGCCACACGCGACUACUAUUGCCAGUACUGCGAGAAGGUUUAUCGGUCGUCUUCCAAGCGCAAGGCCCACAUCCUCAAGAACCACCCCGGCGCUGCUCUGCCAAUGAGCAACCGCGUCAAGGGAGGUGUACCCAGCAUCCCUGGCCAACCGAACCCUACCUUUUCGCACAUGGUGGGCAGUGUGACAACGCAGCCCCACAGCUGCUGCCUGUGCCACAAGCAGUACGCCAGCAAGGCCAAGCUGCUCCAACACCAGCGCAAGAAGCACAUGGAGAUGGUGGCCCUAUUUGGCACCACCAACAACCAGGCAGUGAAUGGCAGCAACAGAGGCCGGGAAGCUGACUUGUUGACCCGGGCAAUGUCGGAACUUACCCAAGGACUGACAGACUUCCGCCAGAGCAGUGGUUCUACUACAUUCCUGACUACCAGGUCUUUGCAAGAGGUCGAGGACCAAGAUGACGGCAUGGCCGACACCCAACAGGAGCAGGUCAUCACUGAAACACUUGAUGCGACAGUAGAGACAACUGAGGUGGCCGCCUCAACACUCGACCCGGCACAGAUCAACCUGUUACUGGCCCAGUAUCAGCAACAGGCUGCUCUCAGCGCAACGGGUGAAGGUGACACUGAUGUGCCUGUAGUUUCAGUCGCCGAUGUGGUGGUUACUCCCAACGCUCAAGCUGGCUGGACAAUUGUGUCUGUUUCAGCACCAGGCGAAGAAGCCUUUGAGCAAGAACUUGUUUCGACGUAGAAUUCAUUCCUGGUGUAGCCCAUCAAUUGUGCAGCUGCUUAUCUAUUUUUAAAAAAUCACUAUAAAAUUUCUGCAAGGCUGAAGGGAAGCUGCCUGCUCACCUGAAGAUUGUAGAGAAAUGCCAUUUUUUAAAGUGCAAGCCUUGUUUCAUGCAUUGAUUUAUGUUAUUUUAUAUACACGUUUUUAAUUAUUCUUCAGUGCACAUGUUGCUUCCUUUCUCGUCAGGUGCAGGAAUUCUAGUCAUUGAUGUAGCUGACGUUUUUUCAUUCUACAUUUUAUCACUUUCCUGUGUUGUAAGCAGCUAAGACUGGAAACUUCUUUUUAUGUGUAGCAUGUCAACCUCCUCACUUGAUAUGGAAAAUUGCUUUUGUCUAUGUGCAGUUAUUCGCUUCUUAUUAGCUGUUAUCACACAGUACAAGUAGGGAAAAACCGACAUUCAAGAAAAUGGGCAGCUGUCUUCUUUUUGUGUGUGUGUGUGUGUACACGUGUGAUAUUUUUGUGUGUUCGUUUUUGACCAGGAAUGCACAUAGCUGCAACUCCCCAUUCUUUGCAGGGGACUGCCUAGCUUGUGACUCGACUUCUGUCCUUGAUAUUCACUAUGUACAUCUUUUGCUCACUGAGUGUGUACUCGUGUGAUUGUGUUUGCAAGGUGUACAUAAUGUUCAACCAGAGAGUCGACAACACUCUCAUUGUUAUUCACACGUGUGAAUUCUGCAUAUCUAGUGUUUGCCCAGUUUGAAAGCCAAGGAGCAGCUAAGAAAACAAAAAUAAAGACUGACACCCUGCGGUGAUAUCCCUUUGUUGUCAUUAAGUUAAAGAGAUACUAAAGAGUAGAGUGAGUCAGGCUGGACAUGUAGAGCACGCAAGAUAAUCAUUGUCAUCAUCAUCAUAUUUCAAUUCUGCUAUCGGGUUAAAGGUCUCUUCCAAGGGUCUCCAAUUACUUCUGUCCUGCAUCAUCCGAGUCCAUCACAUCUCUGCAAAUUUGCUAAUCUUGUAAUCUGCCUAGUCCCCUGUUGCCCUCUAAUGCAUUUCAAUUCCAUUGCCACCUGAUCUGCAAUUCCAUUAGACCACCAGUUACAUGUUCCAUUACAAGACCUAAUUAAGUCCACUCUUUCCUCUUGAUGUCUGCUAGAAUGCCAUCUAUCUACCCUUUCAUAGCAUUAUUUAGCAAUGCGAGAUGCAGGACAAGAAAGUAUCUCUUGUGCUGUUAAAUACUGUGAACCUAUAUCACCUAGCCUAAAUCAACAUGUUACAUCAACCCAUCUUUUAAUUCAUAUUUGCUAUGGUGGUUCAACCACUGACAACGACAUUCUGCUGCCGAGCACAAGGUCGGAGGUUCGAUCCCCUGCCACUACGGUAACAUCCUGAAGGGGGGCAAGAUGUGAAAACUAUUGCGUAUUUAGAUUAAGGUACACAUUAAUCCUAAUAACUAAUUUGCUCUCGAAAUCAAUGCUUUGCCUUUCCGGUGAAACUGUGACUUUAUUUUGGAGGAGGCCUUGGAAUUUUUCAAAAGCCAUUGGAAUCUUUUUUUUUUUUUUCGUCACGACCACUACGAACUCGAAUGAUAAUCUACCAGUCUAGCCUGAUCGAGAAUUUGCCCUUAGUGUGCCUCAACGCAAAUGCUGGCCACCCUACGUCUUGUGUGUCUUAAAGUAUCACACUGUACUUCUGAAGUGCUGAACUUGUACAUACAUAAGGUCACAAAUUCCCAAUGUUGUUCUCUGCUUUUCCGGCCAGUGCAUUGAAGAGAACUGCAUGGACCCUAUGAAACAAGUCCACAGUGCAUGAAUUGCAAUCAGCAUUCAUAAAGAAUUUGAUGUAAAGACUAAUUUUCAUCAUUUUGGUAUUUUGGACCCAAUGGGAACAAUGCCGUCCUGGCUGAGCAUACCUUGUGCUGGGUUUGAAGAGCUAUUUUCCUAAAUUUCUUCUGUUCUGUGUGCUGUUCCUCAUGCUAUUUUUAGCGACACCAGAUUGAAAAGUAUUGAUCUAUGUGAAAAUGUCCGCUCAAGUUGACCUUUCUCAUCACGUAUAUGAAGUUUUUUGCAUAGUAGACCAAGGUGGUUAAUCCUGUCAAUGCCAUUGCAUUUUAAGAGUAAAUCUUUCACAAGCAGCACUUCUAUCAUAUGUGCUCUGUCCUAGAGGGACCAGAGGUGAUUAAAUUUCAAGAUGUUCACUUCUGUGCCCAUAUCGUCGCUGUUUUUCAUUCUUCAUUUCCGAAAUGCAUCUCAUUUUCAUCCUGACUGAUCCCGUGAAAACUCUGUGAUAUUUUGUAACUUUAGAAAAUUGCAUAGAUUGUGAUGUGUGCGACUCCCCUCUUUUUUUCUUCUUGUACUAUAUUGUAAAAAAAAAAAAGGCUAUUGUGCUAGGCUAUAUUUGCCUUUGUGGUCAUUCUACUGAAAUUAUCACUGAUGGACAGAAAGCUCAAGAUGUCGAUCAAUAUGUCUGGGAGAGUCUCGUAAUGACCUGUAUAACAGCUCGACGUAAAGGGACCUUCAUCAAGCCCCCUUGGAAAUUUCGAUUUUACAUUGGAAGCUGUGAUGCACCAUCCUAGGAGUAUUCAGCCAUAACAAUUCCAGGAAUUCUAAGAAAUAGUUUAGUAAUAGCAUAGAUAUUAGAGCAAAUCAGACUUUCAACAAUGGUGCGAAGAGGCAAGCUACUUUCCCACGAGAUGUUUACGUCAUGACCCCUGCCUCCGUCUCUUUCUUGUGUGGUGCCAUUUAUGGAAGUGCAGUUUUUCACACUCCACGUGGGGCUCUGCAUUUCACGAGAAUCCCCGUGUCAUUCGCUGCUGCUGCUGGCUGUUUGCUCACUGCAGCCACAUGUGUGUCGUCACUCUGCUGGCAAAAAGCCACGCUACUUUUAGAAAAUGGCCGUGAAGGAUUUUGUCUGAAUUCUUAGCUGUUUUCGUGGCAUACAUGUCUGUCUGCACUUGUCUGUUUGCAAUGUCCAAACCUGGUGAGGGACCCAAGGAGGUCAAGAACCAAUUUAGACACUUCCACUCAUAGCCUACAGUGCAGAUUUGGGACGUGAAAAUGCCUUCAAUAAAGACUGAAUUAUCUUUUGUGGAUGCAACUAUAAGUGUGAAAGGCCUUGUAUUUUUAGGUUUUGAGAUGCCGAUGCAGUUUCAUUUCCAGCCUUGCCUUAUUCGAACAAGUUUUAUGCUGGCUUGUUGGUACAUGAUGACAGAGCAAUAGCACAACAAGACAUGGAUAGAGGAGGUGAGACACACAAGCGCUUGUGUAUCUCGCCUGCUCUGUCCAUGUCUCUUUGCGAAAUUGCUCUGUCGUUAAGUGUUUUGCCCCGUUCAACUGCAACGUUUUACCUCCAAGUUGAAGAACAUCAGUUUUCUGUAGUAUUGCAUCUCCUAAGCCUUUAUCUGUGCACUCUAAGGGAAUUUGUAUGUUACCAGUGAUCAUUCAAGAAUGCAGCUUGUUUUUGGAGCACUUGCUUUGCCUAAGUGGCAUAAUAUUUCAUUUUCUAAAUAAAUGGUGUGACUAGCGUCUCGUUACGUCUUACAAUGUUCAUCCUGCAAACCUGGCUAGGACUUAUUCGAUGCUAUAUACAACAGAGGCAAAUAUGGCUUACAACACUUACCUGCUUUCCUUAAAGGAAAAUUCCAUGUAUAUAAAUGACAGUAAAAAACAUGACAAUAAAAAUAUUUUCCCAUUUUAUCUGCUUAUAAUCUGCAGUGAACUCCUUCGCAAGUCUGGUGCAUGUAUAUUUGAGUAACACGUAUGCAACAGCUUGUGAAUCUGGAAAGCAAUAUUCUGUUACCUGGGUUCCCUCUUUUAUGUAAUAUACUCUGGCACAUGGCACUGUUGUUGAUGCAUAUGUUAUGCUUGCUGUACAUUUUUUUGUUUUUUUACUGGGCUCCUUUUUUUUUAUUGGUAUGCAUGUUCUUGUAUGCUAUAAAGCUGUGUAAAAGGUGAAUGGCCAUGUAUGUUAGGAUUGUUGAAUUAAAUUUUAUGAUUUCCUGCAUUUAAUAAAAGCUCAUUGAACCCUC